AUGAGAGAGAAAGGAAAUGGAAAUGGAUUGACAGUAGUACACCUGGAAUUUUUUCAGUAUAUUCAAGAAAAACAUCAACAGGAUGAAAUUCUACAGGACCUCAGAGAAAAUUACCACAGUCUGAAAAAUGACAGCUACUUAAAAGAGCAACUUUUGACAAAUAAGACUUUACAAUAUGAUAUUCUCAAAAAUAAAACCUGUCAGCGUAUAAAAGAACCAGACUUAAUCUUAACAGAAAAUAACAGAUGCCGUAUAAUAAAGAUCUUUUCAAAACCUUUGCAAAAUACAGACAAACUCUGUGAGGAAUGCUGGUCCUUUUGUGGAGUAAGCUAUUACUAUUUUAUUGCUGAAAGGAAAUCGUGGAACGAAUGUAAACAGACUUGCAAGAGUUGCGGAUUAUCUCUUCUGAAGAUAGAUGAAGAAGAUGAACGGGUAUCAUGGACGGUUGCGUUCACUUUUAUUCUCUUGCAUUCUGACUCGCACCCUCAGACCCAAAAUAUUAAGGACGGGGUGGGGACCCAGAAAGAGGGACCUUCAGUUAUUUUUUGUGUUAUGCCUGUUGAGAGAGCAAAACUUGUACAGUAAGAGUUUCCCAGGAGACAGCCUGCUAAGAGGCACAUGAUCUUGCUAUUUACUAAGCAUUCAAUACAUAUUAUCCACCUUGAUGACCAUUAUUAUUUCCAAAAGGGAAGCCCCUUUGAGGAUGCAAUUUGGAUCUUUGCAGUCAUCUCCCUUUCUAAGGAAUCUGCAGGAAAACCACUCACAGAGAAGUAUGCCUUUCUUUUGAUGUAGUGCUGAACCAUUUGGUAAAUACACCUGGAACGAGUAGCUAUCCAUACCCACAAGAUGGCACCUAAGAGCCCAGAGCAACAUGGCCUAGUAGUUACUACAAGGAGUGCAGGAGCCAGACUGCCUGCGGCCAGCUCCAGCUCCGGCACUUACUAGCUGGGGACCUUUGGUAAAUUACUUAACUUCUCUUGGCCUCAGCUUUCCCAUCUGAAAAUGGAGAUAAUAAUGAGAAACAUAAAACUGAUAACAGUUUUACAAAUUGUCCUCCUGGUGAUUUUCAUUGCAUCUUCAGGUAACAUUUACUAGAUCAAUAUUCUUAAAUGUUAUAUUGAAAUUAUAUCUUUCAAAAAGAAUUGUGAAAAGAAAAUACAGUGACAGACUAUCAAAAGUAUCUUUUUAAUUUAUUACUAAUAAACACUAUCAGUUUACACACAAUGUGUUUUUACAAAGAAAUGUUUGCCAGGAUCAGCCUGGAAACCUAUAUUUAUCAUUUAGGAAAUCAACACAAAA